AUGCUUACUAAUGGAGACAAUGUCCUGUCUGACCUAGCUUCAAUUGCUUCCCAUACAGUGACUUUUUUUGAAAAUCUCUUUUCUUCUAACUCUCUGUUAAUGCAGGGUAAUAAUCUUGUGGAUUCUACUAUUCCUUCGCUGGUGGAUGAGGCGACAAACCGGAUUAUUACUACCAUCCCAUCUCUAGAAGAAAUUUCUGCUGCAGUUUUCAAUCUCAAUGGUGAUGAUGCGUCGGGGCCGGAUGGGUUUGGUGCCGUGUUUUUUCAAAAAUACUGGGAUAUUGUCAAACAUGAUGUCUCCAAUGCUGUCAUCCAAUUUUUUACUACAGGUUGGAUUCUUCCGGGCUUUAACACUAAUGCUAUUAUUCUUAUUCCUAAGAUCAAAGGGGCUGAUUCUUUGGAGCUAUUUCGCCCUAUUGCGGUUUCGAAUUUUAAAUUUAAGAUCAUCUCCAAAGUUCUUGCGGAUAGGCUCGCCUCCAUCAUGCCGGUGUUGGUUUUGCAAGAGCAACGUGGUUUUAUACAUGGAAGGCAUAUACAUGAAUGUAUUGGUUUGGCCUCGGAGGCGAUUAAUCUCCUAGACUCUAAAUCUUGGUGUGGGAACAUUGCGCUAAAGGUAGACAUUUCCAAAGCUUUCGACACUCUCGACUGGAAUUUCUUAAUCAGCGUCCUGCAGAAGUUUGGAUUUAAUUCUACUUUCUGCUCCUGGAUUCAUAGUAUUCUCUGUUCUGCUCAUCUAUCAGUCACUGUUAAUGGUGUGCUCAACGAUUAUUUUUCUUGCUCCCGUGGCAUCCGUCGAGGUCAGUAUGUUAAUUGCAGUAAAUCCUUCAUUUUUGGUGGUGCUAUGUAUUCGUUGAGAUUGAACAUUCUGUCAGCUAUGGUGGGUUUCAAGUUAGGCUCCCUUCCUUUCGUUUACCUUGGUGUUCCGCUGUUCAAAGGUAAACCCAAGGCGGUCUUUUUAUGUCCUAUUGAGGAUAAAGUCAUUUCUAAACUGGCCUCUUGGAAGGGUUCCUUUCUUUCUUUUGCCGGUAGAGUGGAGCUUGUUAAAUCGGCCGUCCAAAGUAUGCUUCUUCAUAGUAUGGUUAUCUAUGAUUGGCCUAUUUCUCUCAUUAGGGAUAUUGAGCGGGCGAUAAAGCGUUUUAUUUGGAGCAGCGAAGUCUCUAAGAAUAAAGUUAUUAUUGUGACUUGGAAUAGCGUGUGCCUUCCCCUUGUUGAAGGAGGUCUUGGCAUAAGAUCUAUUGCUAAUCUGAAUGCGGCUUUCAAGCUUAAACUUGCUUGGGAUUUUUUCCAAUCUAACUCCUCUUGGACUGUUCUGCUGAGACAAAGAGUUUUCCAUAAAGGCAAAAUCAUUAGCCAUCACAUCUUCUCCUCGAUUUGGUCUAGUCUUAAAUCGGAGAUGCACAAUAUUGAGGAAAAUUUCUCUUGGUGUUUGGGUGAUGGUGCUACGAUUAUGCUUUGGUCUGACAAAUGGUGUGGAGAGUCGUUACAGUUAGGGAUGGAUGAUCCGUCCGCCAUUGUCGAUCAACCGGUGAGAUCUCUUAUUGUAAAUGGCUGUUGGGAUUUUACUAAAUCCGUUACCCCCAUUCCUGCUCAUCUUCAUUUGCGGAUUCGAGACUAUAGUAUCCCUUCUAUUCCUAUGCCCGAUGCGAUAGUUUGGCCAACAUCGCCCAAUGGUGAUCUCUCCCUUAAAGCUUCUUUUGAGUUCAAGAGAAUUAAAGGGAUUCGUAAGGUUUGGUGGCGUUGGAUAUGGUCUAAAUCCAUACCUCCGUCAAAAUCGGUGUUGAUGUGGAAACUCAUUCAUAAUAAGCUUUGGAUGUGGUUAGGAAACAAUCUUAACUUUCGAUCUCCGGUUCGUGAUUGGUCUACUAUUUGCGAUAUCAUGGUUAUGAAAACAUCGGGCCAGUGCAGGACCACGUGGAUUGUUGCUGUCAUUUUCACAAUUGACGCAAUUUGGAAAUCUCAAAACAAGGUAAGAUUUCAGAGCAUAAAUCCUAACUUUUCUUCCUCCAUCUCUGGAAUUUUGUCAUCUGUUUCCAUUGCGGGCAGUGGUGCUACUGCCUCUUUUAUAAACAUGCAGGAUUUUAUUCUUCUAAAAAAUUUUGGGAUCACCAUUCGUCCUCCUAAAGAGCCCAAUAUUAUUGAGGUCAUUUGGACGCCUCCUCCUACCAAUUGGAUAAAAUUUAAUUGCGACGAAGCUGCUUCUUCUAGUAUUUCGGCUUGUGGUGGAAUUGCAAGAAACAGUGAAGGUGGUGUUUUGGCAGCUUUUGCAAUUCGGUUGGAUAGUUCCAAUUCUCUCAUUGCCAACCUUACUGGGGCGAUGUUUGCUAUAUAG